GCAUUGGUGAAUGAGCUGUACAGUUUGCUUCGUGAUCAGGAUCCUAUUGUAGUCGUGAACUGUCUGAGGGCCUUAGAAGAGAUCUUGAAGAAGGAGGGAGGAGUUGUCAUCAACAAACCCAUUGCCCAUCAUCUCCUCAACAGGAUGGCUGAUCUGGAUCAGUGGGGGCAAAGCGAGGUGCUGACCUUCCUCCUGCGUUACAGACCGCGCAGCGAGGAGGAGCUCUUCGACAUACUCAAUUUACUGGAUGGCUAUCUCAAAAGCAGCAGCCCCAGCGUUGUGAUGGCAGCCACCAAGCUUUUCCUAGUGCUGGCCAGGGAAUACCCCCAUGUGCAGGCAGAUGUUUUGGUGAGAGUGAAGGGACCGCUGCUGUCUGCCUGCACUUCGGAGAGCAGGGAGCUCUGCUUCACUGCGCUGUGCCAUGUGCGUCAGAUCCUUGGAAGCCUUCCUGGCCAUUUUAGCAGCCACUACAAAAAGUUCUUCUGUUCGUAUUCAGAGCCCCACUACAUCAAAUGCCAGAAGAUGGAGGUGUUGUGCGAGCUGGUGAAUGAUGAAAACGUACAGCAAGUGCUGGAGGAGCUGAAGGGCUAUUGCACUGAUGUGUCGGUAGAGCUUGCCCAAGGGGCUAUCUUUGCCAUAGGCAAUAUUGCUAGGACAUACACAGAAGAGUGUGUGGGGAUUCUGACGGAGCUUCUGGGGCUUCUCGUCAGUUAGCCGUUGGCAGCAGUAGUACAGGCUUUUCGGGACCUGGUUUGGCUGUGUCCCCAGUGCACGGAUGCGGUGUGUCGGGCGCUGCCUAGCUGUGAGGACGCCAUCCAGGACAGUGAGGGCAAGCAAGCGCUGAUCUGGCUCCUGGGCACACAUGGUGAGAAAGUGCCGAAUGCCCCCUAUGUUUUAGAGGACUUUGUGGAGAACGUGAAAUCGGAGAUGUUCCCAGCAGUGAAAAUGGAGCUUCUGACAGCACUGGUGCGACUUUUCCUGUCUCGUCCUGCUGAGUGUCAGGACAUGCUAGGGAGACUGCUCUAUUACUGCAUAGAGGAGGAGAUGGAUAUGGCAGUACGAGACCGUGGACUGUUCUACUAUCGCCUUUUGCAGUCCGGUGUGGAAGAAGUGAAACGGGUCCUGUGUAGCCCCAAGUCUGACCCUUCUCUGGGGCUCCUGGAAGACCAAACUGAGCGGCCUGUGAAUACAUGGGCCUCUCAGUUCAAUACCCUUGCACCAGUUUAUGGCAGAGAGCGCUGGGCACUCAUCACUGCUCACCAGCCAGCAGAACCCUCUUAUGCUUGUUCUCCUUGUACUGACUCCAGGAACAGAGACACAGAGUCACUGAUUUCUGAAGGGAAUAAAGAAGUCCUCAAGGUUCAUCCCAAUACAGGCAGCCUGACCUUAAUUCCUGAUGUUUGCCUGACUGCAGAACAGUUUGAGAAGACCUGGCUGAGCUUGGACAUGAGCUGCCACCUCUCUCUGCCCUGGUGCGGGACUGUUCAUCCGGAUACCAUACAGACGGCUCUUCACGUUGUCCACAUCCAGACGAUUGCUAUGAGCAAAGCUGGCGUCCAGCCAUGGAAAGCUUAUCUCAGUGCUCAGGAUGACACAGGUUGUCUCUUCCUAACUGAGCUCUUGCUUGAGGCAGCAGAUUCGGAGAUGCAGGUUUCAGUGAAGCAGAGUGAGGCAAAGCCGGAGGCACUGCAAACCUUUAUUUCAGCAUUACGGACGGUCAUGGGGACAGUUGUUGGACUGGAGUCCUGA